AAGUCAGCUCUUUCUUUUUCUUAUCUGAUACAGAAAAUGCCAGAGUGAGAGAGAUUUUCCUUUUCUGUAGUGUGUUUUUCUACUGUUCUUGAUUUGAAACUACUACAAUCUUCUCUUUUUUAUUCAAAGGAAACGGACAAAAGAGGCCUCAGAGUCCUUUUAGUUUGGAAUUUGGAGAAGACUGAUUUGAAAGAAAAAAAAAAAAUUUGAGAAGAAGGUGUCGGUUGCUUCACUUGUAAGUAAUUUUCAGUGCCUUUGGGUUUUGGGUUUUAGAGGCUCUUUUUGGGAUUGGGGAUGGGUUUUUUCAAAUGGGUUUUGCUCUUUUGAGGAGAAAUGUAGAAUAUGGUAUAACAGAUUGGGUUUUUGUUUUGAGCUUUGAUCUGAUUUGGGUUUUUAGUCAGUGUAGAAUAUAGUGUGGAAGAUUGGAUUUUGGAAUGGGUUACUGUUUUGGGCUUUGAUUUGAUGUGGGUUUUUUUUCUCUGUUUUAAGGGAUUGUGUGAAUUAUUGUGUGGAAGAUUGGAUGUGGAUUGAUCUGGGUUUUUGUUCGUUUGUGGAGUAGUUCAUUUUGUAGUGUGGAAGAUUGGAUUUUGGAUUGUUGGUUUCUUGUUUCAGGCAUUGAUUUGAUUUGGGUUUUUGGGGUGGAGGAGAGAAAAAAGCAGUGGGAUUUGUUUUGGGGUUUUGAAUUUGAUAAUGGGGUGGCUUUGUUUCAUGAUUUCCUUCAGAUGGGUGUUCUUGGUUUCUCUUGUUCUUGCCACAUUGCUGCCCAGCACUGUGGGCCAGGUCUGCGAUCCAAGGGAUUCUCGUGCAUUGCUUGAAUUCUCUGGAAACCUCACGGGCGGAUCGAUUAAAUCAGAUUGGUCAGAUGAGUCGGUUUGCUGUAAUUGGAUCGGCGUCUUUUGUGGGAAUCCACAUGGGUCGGCCGUGAAGCGGGUGACCAAGUUGGUCUUGCAUGAUCGAGGCCUGAAAGGGAUCAUAUCAAGUUCAUUGGGUCGGUUGGAUCAGCUCAAAUUGCUUGAUCUUUCGCUCAAUCUUCUCGAAGGCAAAGUUCCUGGGGAGCUCUCGAAUUUGUGGCAGCUGGAGUUUCUUGAUCUCAGUUACAAUAUGUUGGCAGGACCCAUUUUGAAGGUCGAUGGUCUGAAUUCCAUCCGGUCGAUUAAUAUAUCAAGCAAUUUCUUCAAUGGAAGCCUGCUUCAACUUGGGGUUUUUCCCCAUCUCGCCAUUCUGAAUGUAAGCAACAAUUCCUUCACUGGGCCUGUCAAUACUAGUAUCUGCAUUGCCUCAAAUGCGAUUCAGGUUUUGGAUUUCUCUGCAAACCAUUUCUCGGGUCCACUCUCCAAUGAAGCUCUAGCAAAUUGCAGUACAUCUCUGCAAGAACUGUAUCUGAAUUCAAAUUCACUUUCGGGUCGUCUUCCAGACUCUCUGUUCGAAUUAUCAUCUUUGGAGCAGCUCUCAAUCUCCGCCAAUCAUUUCUCCGGUGAGCUAAGCGACAGAGUAAGCGAGCUUUCCAAACUUAAAACCUUAAUUCUUUUUGAUAACAAGCUCUCAGGCCCCCUUCCAAACGUAUUUGGAAAUCUCACGAAACUAGAACAGUUCACCGCACAUUCGAAUUCAUUCUCCGGCCCAUUGCCUUCUUCUCUGUCAUUCUGUUCGAUGCUUCAGGUUCUCGACCUUCGCAACAAUUCUCUAUUGGGUGAGAUUGAUCUUGAUUUCACCAAAAUGGGGCGCCUCAGUAGCCUUGAUCUUGCUACUAACCGUUUCAUGGGCCCUCUUCCUCCUACUCUAUCCAAUUGCCGGGAACUGAAAACCUUAAGUCUUGCUAAGAACGAGUUAUCCGGCCAAAUCCCCCAGAAUUUCGAAAACCUCACUUCUCUUUCAUUUCUCUCAUUAUCAAACAACAGCUUCCAAAACAUAUCAGGGGCAUUGAGCAUACUGCAGAAGUGUGGAAAUCUCACUACUCUCAUCCUGACCAAGAACUUCCAUGAAGAAGAAAUUCCAAACGAUGUCGAUGGGUUCAAGAGUUUGAUGAUUUUUGCAGUUGGAAACUGUGCUCUCGGUGGCCAAAUCCCCAUGUGGUUAUUGAACUGCACGAAACUGCAAGUCCUGGACUUAUCUUGGAAUCACUUGAGCGGAACCAUCCCCCCAUGGCUUGGAGAUUUCGAGAAUCUGUUCUACUUGGACAUCUCGAACAAUUCGCUAACAGGAGAAAUACCCAAAAGCUUGACGCGGCUGAAGAGCCUCCUUUCUCCUAAUACUACCGCUGCGGCAGCCUCGAUCUGUAUACCACUCUACGUAAAACGCAACCAAAGUGCAAACGGCCUUCAGUACAACCAGGUGUCGAAUUUUCCGCCAUCGUUAUACCUGAGCAACAACAGAAUCAAUGGUACCAUUUGGCCCGAGUUUGGACAGUUGAAGGCGCUCCAUGUCUUGGAUUUGAGCCAGAACAACAUCACCGGGACCAUCCCGGAUGGCAUUUCGGAUAUGGAGAAUUUGGAAUUCUUGGAUCUUUCAUGCAACGAACUCUACGGAUCCAUCCCCCCAUCUUUGAAUAAGCUUACCUUUUUAUCAAGGUUCAGUGUCGCUAAUAAUCACUUGUGGGGCCAGGUUCCCAGUGGUGGGCAGUUCUUCAGCUUCUCGAACUCAAGUUUUGAAGGGAACCCAGGAUUGUGUGGGACGCCAUUUUCUCCUUGUGGGAGAUCUGAUGUUAUGGGACUGAAGCCUGAUAUCAUUCCCGGCCCAGACAGUAAAAUUGGAAGAAGCAGCAUCCUUGGAAUAACGAUCAGUAUCGGAGUGGGGAUUGCAGUUCUUUUGGCAGUUGUCCUUCUUAACAUGUCAAGAAAGGACGUAGGAGAUCCGAUCUACGAUGGGGAUGAGGAAACCGGUGGGCCACGCAGAUUGUCUGAAGCGCUUGGAUCGAAGUUGGUCCUCUUCCAGUAUUCAGAAGGUAAGGAGCUAACAAUAGGCGAUGUCUUAAAAUCUACAAACAAUUUCGACCAGGCGAACAUAAUUGGGUGCGGGGGGUUUGGCCUGGUGUACAAAGCCAAUUUCCCAGACGGCACAAAGGCGGCGAUCAAGAGGCUAUCGGGCGACUGCUGUCAGAUGGAACGCGAGUUCCGGGCAGAAGUGGAGGCACUCUCAAGAGCUCAGCACAAGAACCUUGUUUCUCUACAAGGGUAUUGCAGGCAUGGAACAGACAGGUUGCUGAUCUACUCGUACAUGGAGAAUGGGAGCUUGGAUUACUGGCUUCAUGAGAGGGUCGAUGGCGGGUCAUUGCUGAGGUGGGAUGUGCGGCUGAAGAUAGCUCAGGGGGCGGCGAGGGGGCUGGCGUACUUGCACAGAGUCUGUAAACCGAAUAUCGUUCACCGUGAUGUGAAAUCAAGCAACAUUCUCUUAGAUGAAUGGUUCGAAGCUCAUUUGGCUGAUUUUGGCCUAUCAAGGCUCCUCUGUCCCUACGACACCCACGUGACAACUGAUCUGGUCGGGACCUUGGGGUACAUCCCUCCUGAAUACAGUCAGACGUUGAUGGCCACAUUCAAGGGCGAUGUUUAUAGCUUUGGGGUGGUGUUGCUGGAGCUUUUGACGGGGCGGCGGCCCGUAGAUGUGUGCAAAGCAAAAGGGUGUCGUGACUUGGUUUCGUGGGUGCUUCAGAAGAAGUCUGAGAAGAUAGAGGAACAGAUUUUUGACCCCUUGAUAUGGAAUAAGAUUUGGGAGAAGCAGCUCCUAGAAGUACUCGAAACCGCAUGCAAAUGCAUAAGUCAGGAUCCGAGGAACAGGCCCUCUAUUGAACAGGUGGCUCUGUGGCUUGAUAGGGUCGGAGCUGAUGCUGAAUAGUUCAAAUGAUGCGUUCCCGCCAUGCUGCAGUCCUUUGAAGUCAAGCCAAAGGAGAAUGCCAGUAAUGCCCAUUUGGGAGGAUAAAAGAUUGUGAAAGGAACCAUGCUCUUCUAACAUUUGUAUAUGGUCGGAGCAGAUCAAGGCGUGUAAUAUCUUUUCGCAAGGAGAUUCAAUGACGAGAAAUCCAAGAUGCAAAGAGAGAGUCAUAACCAGAGAAUGUAAUCAGAAGUCAUGAAAAAGUUGGUUUUUGUUGAUUCUGCUGUAUACAUGAUGAAAACUAUGUAUAUCUAAGCCGUUUGGCCUUUCAUCCAAUUUGAAAUUAUAGAAGUUAAUU